AUGGAGACUCGUAUUAUGCUGCGGCCUAUGCGGCCACUUGAUGAAGCAAUGAUCAAUGAUGAUAAUUGGACGGGUCUUACGGACGCCCAAGCUCGGCGCAGACGACAAAAUAGACUUAAUCAGCGCGCGCGUCGACGUCGCAAGGAGCAAGUCAUGGUCUCUCAGAGAUCCACCACAUCCUCGGAUGAUAGGAUAAAGAUGAUAAUGCUAUCAACUUCGAUAACUUCGAGCCAGCGUCCAUUCUACUUCCCCCUCUCAACGGACUACCUCCUCACCCUAGUCCAUUUCAAUGUCUUCCGCGCCCUCCUCACAAACAUGACCAUCCUUUCCCUCCCCUGCCUCUUCAGCUGCGAAGAACCCAAAACAACAAUCGCAUCCUUAUCCGCACCUUUACUAAAUACCACAGUCCUCCCAGAGAAGACAAUCCCAUCAACCCUAAUCCCAACACCUCUACAGCGUUCAAUCCCGCACGAAGCAUGGAUUGAUCUUUUCCCCUUACCAGCUCUAAGGGAUAAUUUCAUACGGCUCCGAGGAACGUUCGAUGAAUGUGAUCUCUGCGACGACAUCCUGGGGACAAUGUACGAUGAGGAGGUGAGCAGGCACGAUGAGAGAGAUGGAAUGAUUGUUUGGGGGGAGCCGUGGGAUGUGUAUUCGUGGGAGUUGAUGGAAGGUUCACCAAGCUCUUCGGUGGUUGAUUCAUCUCUCGCUCCUGAAGAGGACACUAUAGCUAGACCCUCGUCUCCUCAAAAGGAUACUGUGGCUGAGUGCCCAUCCCCUCAGGAGAAGACUAUAGUAGCUAGAUUGCACCCUCCUGAAAAAGAGACCAUGGCCAGGAGCCCCUCUCCACAAAAGGAGCACGAGGCCCUAUUUGUUUCUCAGGAGGAAGCUAAAACCAGAUCCCCUUUUCUAGAGGAGGCGACAGCCUCCCCUUCGCCAGCUCCUAUUACAACUGGCCUAACUCAAGCAGAGUUCGAAGACUCACAACGAGCCUCCACACUCCGCUUACCCUGGGAUUGGCGCGUCAGUGGCAAAACAACAGAAGAAUACACCCCCCAAAUCCAGGGGAAAUGGUGGUCCAAAACCGCUGAAGAAUUGAGGUCAGCACAGCCAAAUAAAAGGCGUGACUACGGUCAUAUUGGAAGAAUCAUGGAGACGGAAUUGGGCGAGCAACUGCAUGGGAAGCAGAAAUGCACUGCUUGUCAGACAAAUAAUGAGGAAUGCUGGAUAUAUUCCACAAGAGGGUCUCAGCAAGUAUCUCGGCCUGGGGAUGCGUGUGCUCGGUGCAGACGUACUGCGCGAAAAGGAGGAUGUAAUCUUGCCAAAAGACGGUCGAAUAAGAGACGUCACUCGUCACCUGACCCGGCGCCCCGUGUUUACACUUUACAGGCCAUUGAGGCCAGGCGGUGA